ACAGUCGUAUCUUUUUAACUAAUUUUCUAAAAGAAAAUUGUUUCCGUAUUGUGCGUGUGUUUAGUGAGAUUUAUUAGAUUAAGUUUUUAAAAUUCUGAAAUAGAAAAUGGGUAAAUAAACUAUGAUUUGUGCUUUGAAAUGUUCCGCCGAAACAAAAGUAACGAUGUUGAGAAGGAAUAUACCAAAAUUCCUUUGGUGGAUACACUGGAUACACCGCCCAGUAGAAAACAUUCCAACCCGGAGGAGCGGCGUGUUAUCGACGUGGGAGUGGGCGCCGGCGACAUGUGGAUCAGCGCCGUAGAAGGGUCCAUCCUCACCUGGGAGGAGGUAGCUGACCGCCUCCACGUAGACGUCCGCCGCGGCCUAUCAUGGCGGGAGGCGAACGAUCGAAUGAACUUCGUCGGCCCCAACGAGUUCCAAGUCAAAGAAGAGGAUCCGCUGUGGAAGAAGUAUAUUGAGCAGUUCCAGAACCCGUUGAUACUGCUGCUACUUGGUUCCGCCGUAGUAAGCAUCAUUAUGCGUCAAUACGACGACGCCAUCUCCAUAACCGUGGCCAUCAUGAUUGUUGUCACAGUCGCCUUCGUCCAAGAAUAUCGCUCCGAGAAGUCACUUGAAGAACUUAAUAAACUCGUCCCGCCUACUUGUAACUGCCUCCGCGAAGGCAGCAUCGAGCACUUCCUCGCGCGAAACCUCGUUCCCGGCGACAUAGUCCAUCUGAACGUCGGCGACCGAGUUCCAGCCGACUUACGACUAUUCGACUCUACUGACUUAGCCAUAGAUGAAAGUUCAUUUACGGGAGAGACGGAGCCAGCGGUUAAGAAUAUACUACCGAAUAAGGCGGCUGCUGGGAGGGUCAAUAAGGAUAAUAUAGCGUUUAUGGGAACGCUGGUGCGGUGCGGUAAUGCUAAGGGUAUUGUGGUCAGCACAGGCGAGCGCUCCGAAUUCGGCGACAUCUUUCGAAUGAUGCAAGCCGAAGAAGCCCCUAAGACCCCCCUGCAGAAGUCCAUGGACACCCUCGGAGCCCAGCUGUCCCUGUACUCCUUCUGUAUCAUCGGCUUCAUCAUGGUGGCGGGCUGGCUUCAAGGGAAAGCGCUGCAGGAGAUGUUCACCAUUAGUGUCAGUUUGGCUGUCGCUGCUAUUCCUGAGGGGCUACCCAUCGUGGUGACCGUGACUCUUGCCUUGGGUGUGAUGCGAAUGGCCAAACGGAACGCGAUCGUGAAGAAACUACCCACCGUCGAGACUCUGGGCUGUGUUAACGUCAUUUGCAGUGAUAAAACCGGAACGCUAACAAAGAACGAGAUGACAGUGACCUGCAUGUCAACUUCCGGCGGCCAUAUUGCGGAAGUUCGCGGCGCGGGCUACAACGCACGCGGCGAUAUCCAACUUCGUGCUUAUAAGGGACGAGACUUGGAUGUAGCACGAUCUGCUCUUCAAAGCAUGCUCGAGGUGGGCGUCCUAUGCAACAACGCCGUUAUUCGCGACGAAACUCUAUACGGGCAACCGACAGAGGGCGCCUUACUCGCGGCGGCCAUGAAAAACGGAAUGGAUGACGUCAGAGAACAGUAUACGAGGCUGCAUGAGAUACCAUUCAGUUCAGAAACAAAAAUGAUGGUAGUGAAGUGCGCCCCAAAAUUCAAUGAUGGCAAGCUGAAAGAAGAAGUGUUUGUAAAGGGAGCUAUAGAGAAGAUAUUACCGCUUUGCACUCAGUAUAUCGAUAGUGCGGGCAACUACUCGCCAGUCACCAAAGAAAAGCAGAAUGACUUCAUGACUGAGGCAUACAAUAUUGGCAGGAUGGGUCUCCGAAUCAUAGCAUUAGCCCGCGGCGCGUCGCUCGACGCACUCACAUUCACGGGCGUGUGCGGCGUGUGCGACCCGCCGCGGCCCUCCGUGCGCGACGCCAUCGCCACGCUGCGCCGCGCCGCCGUCGACGUCAAGAUGCUGACGGGCGACGCCAGGCCCACCGCCCUCGCUGUCGCUCAAAUGGUCGGCCUGGACGUGCUGCACUCCCAAUCUCUCUCCGGCGACCAGUUGGACACGAUGUCGGACGACGAGUUGGACCGAGUCAUCGAUUCGGUCAGCGUGUUUUAUCGAGUUACUCCGAAACAUAAGUUAUCGAUAGUGAAAUCGCUGCAGCGGCUAGGAAAUAUUGUGGGGAUGACUGGGGACGGCGUAAACGACGGUGUCGCGUUAAAACGCGCCGACAUCGGCAUUGCUAUGGGAAACGGCACGGAUGUGUGUAAGGAGGCUGCCGAUAUGAUACUAGUCGACGAUGACUUUGCAACUAUCAUCGCGGCGAUAGAAGAAGGCAAAUGCAUCUUCUACAACAUCCGUAACUUCGUCCGCUUCCAGCUGUCCACGUCCAUCGCCGCGUUAUCGCUCAUCGCGCUCGCCACGCUCAUGAGCAUACCCAACCCGCUCAAUGCCAUGCAGAUUCUGUGGAUCAACAUUAUUAUGGAUGGUCCCCCAGCGCAGUCCCUCGGCGUAGAACCCGUCGACCACGAAGUGGUUCGUCGCCGACCAAGAGACACGUCACGAAGAAUCAUUUCUCGAGCUCUCCUCGCUAAUGUCUUAUUAUCGGCUGCUAUCAUCAUCGCUGGGACGCUGUGGGUGUUCAACAGAGAGAUGUCAGACAACAAGAUAACCCCCCGUGACACGACAAUGACCUUCACCUGCUUCGUCCUAUUCGACAUGUUCAACGCGCUCUCCUGCCGCUCGCAAACCAAGUCCGUGUUCCAAGUGGGGCUGCUCUCCAACAAGAUGUUCCUGGCGGCCGUCUCGCUCAGCCUGCUGGGGCAGGCGCUGGUGGUGUACUGCGCGCCGCUGCAGCGCGUGUUCCUCACCGAGUCGCUCACUGGACACGAUAUCAUCUUCCUAGUAUGCUUAACGUCGAGCGUAUUUAUCGUGAGCGAAAUAAAGAAAUUAGUGGAGCGCUCGCUCAAGAAGCGUUCUUUUGGCAAGUUCCCGACCAAGUCGCACGACGCGCUGGACUUCGUAUGACAGGAGGAGCGGAAGGAGCAGUAAGUGACAGUGCACUAAAAGAAACGUGUUGUGAAACGGACAGUAUACAAUACUUAUGUCCAUCAUCUUCAGUGCACCUCCGAGAAUCUUCAACAAACGAUUUUAGAGUUUCAAACGUUGUUCUAUCUGAUAGUGAUAAUUUUGUGCAACUCGGAGACUCUUCAACAGGCGUGCAACACACAGUUUCUAGCGACCCCGCACAUCGCAUAGAUUCGGAUGUGUUUCAAUCUCAUGAUAAUUUCUUGCGCCUCAGAGACUCUUCGUCAGGUGAGGACCCCUUACUUAGAGAUUCGAACGUGUUUCUAUCUCAUAGUGAUAAUUUCGUGCACCUCCGAGACUCUUCAUCAAGUGAUCCGGUCCAUCUUAGAGUGUCCGAUGUGUUUUUAUCGUGUAGUGACAAUGAGUAUGCUAAAGAUUUGUAUAGAGCGGUCGAAAGGGAUGAUGGUGAAUGUUUUAGCAGCUGGCUUGGUGAACCGUUGGAUGGUGAGAGUAAGGUUCUGAUUGGUUGAAUUGUACUCGUGUAAAAGUAUGGUUAGUGAAUCUAGAUACAGCAGUGCUUGAUAAACCACAUCACUUUGGCCAAAGAGAAUUUGAAAUAGAGGUGGAUUGUCAAAGAAUUGUAGCCACAGUAAAUUUACUGCCAUCUUUCUACACAUAAUUAAAACUUUUAUAACGCCAUGUGACUUUGAUCCUUAUUUUUUCAAUGAUGUGUUAAAUUUGUUAAAUAUCAAAGAGUGGCGCCAUCUUACCGGGCAUCGGCUAAAGCUUGUGGCGCCAUCGCUCGAAACGAUGCCGCCAUACCUUUGGCCUUUGAUCUGAUAGAUGGCGCCACUUUUUUUUAAAUCUAACAAAUUUAACACAUAUCAGUGAAAGAAUAAGGAUCAAAGUCAAAUGGCGUUCUAAAAGUUUUAAUCAUGUGUUGAAAGAUGGCAGUAAAUUUACUGUGGCUACAAUUCUUUGACAAUCCACCUCUAUUUCAAAUUAUCUUUGCUUUGGGAUAGAGAUAAACCGUUUUUAAACUGCGUGCCCCUCCCUACAGCCUAAACUAAUAUAAACGCAACUAUAACGAAUUUUGUUUUGUUUCUUUGUGUAACAUUAUUAUUUAUUAGUUGUGACCGUAGAUGCUUUAUAUCUGUAUCUUUAGGUAUUUAAAUAAAAGUAAACAAACAAUUUGUACAUUUCCGGGUAGUUAUAACAUUUAUUGGUUAACCAACCAAAUACAAAACCGCUAGGAGCUGUCACUGAACAACCUGACUUUAACCUACAUUAUUGAAUGAAUAAAUGAAAAUUUAUUGACAAGAACAUAUGGUACAGUAAAUAUCAUUAAGUUUACAUUAAUUUGAUCAUGUAAUGUUUUCAAUUACCCUCAACUGGCUUAAAGAGCCAUUUGAGGGUAGAUUUUGUUUACUUUUAUUUAAAUGCCUAAAGAU